AGGUAGAGUCUGGUCUGUCUCCCAUCGCUCCAACCAGCCUCCAGUGGUGGUCAUCUUACUACCAUGGGGCCAAGAUGAUUAGCUGGGUGAGGAGAUAUGGCCAUGCCUGAUAGUGACAAGACUGCUGCUGGUGGUUUAGCCGAAGAGAGGGAGGUGUCUGGGGCAGAGGGCACGGACCCGUUCCGUAUUGAGGUUGAGUCUGUGAGUCACGAGGACCUGCCAACCGUGGAGAUCCCCACCACCUUCAAUGUCAGCCCCCUCAGUGGCCAGACCAGCGGCUCCUUCUCUCAGGACCUCCAGGACCCCCAUGUACCCACCGCUCCGUUCCAGGAGCCCCCUGCCCCCACCCCAAAGAGCCAGGGCCAGCUCACCCCAACCAGCUACCUCCCUUCCAUGCGCUUCAUCAAGGUCCGGCCCUUCAUGCACGAUGACGGCUUGGUGGAGACUAAGACCCUAUGCAGCCAGCUCCUGGCACACUGGCUGCUGCUGGUGAUUGUUGCGUGUGGUCUACUGGCCCUGAGUCUAGCCCUAGGCAUUGGGCUUGGAGUGGGAGUCAGCUGCACGGGGAAGUUCCACUGUAGCACAUCCACUUUGUGUUUUGCCAGAUCUGCGCAGUGUGAUGGAGUCAGCGACUGCGCAGAUGGGGAGGACGAACUGCAAUGUGUGCGUCUGAGUGGGAGGAGCUCUGUGCUGCAGAUCAACUGUAGGGGUGUAUGGGGGACUGUGUGCUCCACCAACUGGGAUCACACACUGGGUUAUUCUGCCUGCAAACAGCUGGGAUACUCCAGCUACAUCAGUUCCAGAUCCCUGCCUCUCUCCUCUGUCGAGUCGGCCUUCCAGGCUAACCUGGUAUCAGUCAACCUGAGUCAUCCAGAUCGCCAGCAGACUGUCAAGAUCCAUAACACCACCUUCCUCAGUAAGACCCAGUGCAGCUCUGAGAGUGUGAUCGUACUCAAGUGCAUAGAUUGUGGCUCCAGGCCCAUGUUCAGGUCUCGUAUUGUGGGAGGGAACGUCUCCAAACCAGGCCAGUUUCCCUGGCAGGCCAGCCUGCACUAUCAGAACCGACACCUCUGUGGGGGCUCCAUCAUCACACCACGCUGGAUAGUGACAGCAGCACACUGUGUCUACGGGUUUGCAACAAAAACCAUGCUGUGGGCGGUGCAAGUGGGAUUGACAGAUCAGCCGAUCAAUGGGGUGCUGUCUCGCUCUUUGGAGAAGAUUGUCUACCAUGCCCGCUACCAACCAAAGGGCUUAAACUAUGACAUCGCUCUAUUGAAGCUAACAGAGCCUCUUACCUUUAAUGGUACCACGGUCUACAAUGAGCCCCAAAAGUAUUGGGACAGCGACAUUUUGUUGUUGUUUUGGCUCUGUACUCCAGCACUGUGGAUUUUAAAUGACACAAUGAUUUUGAGGUUAAAGUGCAGGCUGUCGGGUUUCAUUUGAGGGCAUUUUCAUCCAUAUCGGGUGAACCGUUAAAAAAUGACAGCACUGUACAUAAUCUCCCCAUUUUAAGGGACCAAAAGUAUUGGGACAAAUGAACUCAUAUGUGUAUUAAAGUAGUAAAAAGUUAAGUGUUUGGUUCCAUAUUCAUAGCACGCAAUGACUACAUCACACGUGUGACUCUACACAUGUGUUGGAUUCAUUUACUGUUUGUAUUUCAGAUUAUUUUGUGCCCAAUAGAAAUGAAUGGUAAAUAAUGUAUUGUGUCAUUUUGCAGUGACUUUUAUUGUAAAUAAGAAUAUAAUAUGUCGGGUCGGCAGGGUAGCCUAGUGGUUAGAGCGUUGGACUAGUAACCGGAAGGUUGCAAGUUCAAACCCCCGAGCUGACAAGGUACAAAUCUGUCGUUCUGCCCCUGAACAGGCAGUUAACCCACUGUUCCUAGGCUGUCAUUGAAAAUAAGAAUUUGUUCUUAACUGACUUGCCUGGUUAAGUAAAAAUAAACACUUAUACGUUAAUGUGGAUGCUACCAUGAUUAUGGAUAAACCUUGAAUAAUGAGUGAAAAAGUCACAAAUAUAAUUUUUUUCUAAACGGUUCAGCCGAUAUGGACGAAAAUACCCUCAUAUUUAAACUGUCAGUCUGCACUUUAACCUCAUAGUCAUAGUAUCAUGGAGUACCAAGGCAAAAAAAAAAAAAAAAUGUGUCCCAAUUCUUCCUGUCUGUCUUGUCCUACUGAGUGAUAGUGAUAUAGGGCUCUAUUCAAUCUUCAAUCUGUAUCGCGGAAGCAUUAGAGAUUGCGUGAUAGAAAUGUAAAAGUCAUUUCUGAUUAUGCUGACAUACAGUAUGCAAGGUUUACUGUGACCACAGUCCCCCGCCAACGCAUGAACAUUUCCUUUACAUUUAAAUUGGGCUUCAGUGCUGAACUUCCGCGAUACGGAUUGAAUAGAGCCCUUAGAGUAACUGCUCUUAUUCACCUCAAAUCUGAAGGAGCACAUCAGGUUCAUUGGCUAAGUCUUUUCCUCCAGGUCUGGUUGAGCCUAUCUGCCUGCCGAACUAUGGGGAGAGAUUUGAGGAGGGGAAGAUGUGCUGGAUCUCUGGGUGGGGUGCCACAGUGGA